AUGACUCCAACUGAUUUUCAUCAGCACCUUCAUCGAGAUAGCGUCAUAGUGGUGGAGUGUGUAAUAUACACAGUACGCUACUCGAGUUCAAUUCCCGUUGAAGGUACUGGCGAGACCCAGACCAGGUUGAGAUAUCAGUCGAGUCUGACCGAGAAGGCGCUUGGAGAGGCAAGACGAAACCAACUUUGCUUGAAUAAUGAGGCUUACUCACAUCAGGGCUACUUCGAUGAUAGUACUCGCUAUUUCAGUAUCUGUCAUGGUCAACGAGAUUUCUUCUAG